GAUGGCACACAUAUUGCCAUCAUACGGCCCCAUGAUUAUGAGGAGGCUUUCUUUAAUAGGAAGCAUUACCACAUUAAAUGCAAUGAUUGUAAGUUUUUAUUAGUAUCUACCUUAGUUUGCUGCGGCACUUCUGACAUUUAUUUAUUGUAGAAAAAUGAGAUGGGUUAUUUAGUUUUUUAAAUUUUAUAAUGUUCUAGAUAAUAUGUGAUGCAGAUCUCAAUGUACUUCAUGUGGAUGCCUCUUAUGGAGGUGCCAGCCAUGACUAGCAUGUGUGGAAUAGGAGCGCUUUGGAGGCUCACAUGCGAAGUCUGGCUGAAGCCGGUGAAGUGUGCUGGCUAUUAGAGGAUUCUGGGUAUUGGAUACGCCCAGCGGGAGUGGCUGAUGACUCCUAUUCUGCAAGCAGCUCCGGAUUCUCCAGAAGUACACUACACAGAUCUUCACUGUAGCACCCGCAACACUGUAGAACGGUGCAUUGGAGUAUUGAAGGCUAGGUGGCACUGUCUUCUAGCGCACCGAACUCUCCACUAUGAUCCAGUCAAAGCUGGGAAAAUUGUCAAUGCGUGUAUCGUAUUGCACAACAUCUGCAAUCGUGCACGCAUUCAAGUUCCCACACUGGACGGGUAUGAUUUGAGUAGGGACGGCAGAAGACAACCAGCGCAGCCAGUCUAUGUUGGAUAUGGGGCCACUUCACGACGAGGGUUGGUGGAAAGAUUGUGGAGGGACCGGCACAACUACAGAUAAGCGCUCGAUAACGAUCGCCAACCGCUGCUUCUUCUCAGUACUAAC